ACUCAAGCUGACACACACUCAAAUCUAGCUACUUCACUCUUCCACCUUUAAAUUUUGUUAACACCGAAAGACAUCUUCUUCAUCCUCCUCCUACAAUGGCUCCAUCUCCCUCUCUCCUUCUCCCCCUCACUUUCUCAUUCUUCAUUGCCACACUCUCACUACCACCUUCAUCAUCAUCUUCUGACCCAGAAAAGCAAACCUUCAUCGUCCAAGUCCAACAUGAAGCCAAGCCUUCCAUUUUCCCAACCCAUAAGCACUGGUACGAGUCCUCCCUCUCCUCCAUCUCCACCACCACAACUUCCACUAACCAAAUCAUCUACACCUACGACACUGUUUUCCACGGUUUCUCUGUAAAGCUCUCACCUCUAGAGGCCCAGAAGCUGCAAUCACUCUCCCAUGUCACCACCCUUAUACCAGAACAGGUUCGCCAGCUUCACACCACUCGUUCUCCUCACUUCCUCGGUCUCAAAACCGCCGACAGAGCCGGGUUGCUCCAUGAGACUGAUUUCGGAUCGGAUCUUGUCAUCGGAGUCAUCGACACUGGUAUCUGGCCGGAGAGGGAGAGCUUCAACGACCGUGAUCUCGGUCCUGUUCCGGCUAAGUGGAAGGGACAGUGUGUUGCUGGAAGAGGCUUUCCGGCGAGCUCCUGCAACAGGAAGCUCAUCGGAGCACGGUAUUUUUCCGGUGGGUAUGAGGCUAACAGUGGGAAGAUGAACGAGACGACGGAGUAUCGUUCCCCGAGGGACUCCGAUGGCCACGGUACGCACACGGCUUCGAUAGCUGCCGGCAGGUAUGUAUCUCCGGCGUCUACCUUGGGCUAUGCUAAAGGGGUGGCGGCGGGCAUGGCCCCCAAAGCCCGCCUCGCCGUUUACAAGGUGUGUUGGAAUGGAGGCUGCUUUGACUCCGAUAUCCUCGCGGCGUUUGACGCCGCCGUGUCCGACGGCGUCGAUGUGGCGUCCCUCAGCGUUGGGGGUGUGGUGGUUCCGUACCACCUCGACUCCAUCGCUAUUGGAGCUUUCGGGGCCUCCAGUGCCGGGGUUUUUGUCUCUGCCUCCGCCGGUAACGGUGGUCCCGGCGGUCUCACCGUCACCAAUGUGGCACCAUGGGUGACCACUGUGGGUGCUGGAACCAUAGACAGGGAUUUCCCUGCUGAUGUGAAGCUUGGGAAUGGUAAGGUUAUACCAGGGGUUAGUGUUUAUGGCGGGCCGGGUCUAACUCCGGGUCGGAUGUACCCGGUUGUGUACGCGGGUGGUGAACAAGGUGGCAGUGGCGGUGGAGGGGGUGAUGGUUAUUCGUCUUCACUUUGCUUGGAAGGUUCGUUAGAUCAUAACUUUGUAAAGGGAAAGAUUGUAGUUUGUGACAGGGGCAUUAAUUCAAGAGCUGCCAAGGGUGAAGUGGUGAAAGAAUCAGGAGGAGUUGGCAUGAUUUUGGCUAAUGGGGUGUUUGAUGGUGAAGGGUUGGUGGCUGAUUGUCAUGUGUUGCCGGCCACCGCGGUUGGUGCCAGUAGCGGUGAUGAAAUCCGUAGGUACAUUGCGGCUGGGGCUAAAUCCCGGUCGCCGCCCACCGCUACCAUUGAGUUUAAAGGAACAAGGCUUGGGGUUAGGCCUGCACCUGUUGUGGCAUCUUUCUCAGCUAGAGGACCAAACCCUGAAUCCCCUGAGAUUUUGAAGCCUGAUGUUAUAGCACCCGGGUUGAACAUUCUAGCUGCUUGGCCUGAUAGAGUUGGACCUUCUGGGGUUCCUUCGGAUGUGCGCAGAACCGAGUUCAACAUACUUUCCGGGACUUCAAUGGCGUGUCCUCAUGUUUCUGGUUUGGCUGCUUUGUUGAAAGCGGCUCAUCCCGACUGGAGUCCUGCUGCUAUUAAAUCAGCUCUGAUGACCACAGCUUAUACCGUGGAUAACAAGGGCGAUGCCAUGUUGGAUGAGUCCAAUGGGAAUGUGUCCUUGGUGUUUGAUUACGGAUCCGGCCAUGUUCAUCCAGAGAAAGCCAUGGACCCGGGUUUGGUUUAUGAUAUUUCUACCUAUGAUUAUGUGGAUUUCUUGUGUAAUUCGAAUUACACCGCCAAGAACAUCAAAGUGAUCACAAGGAAGAUUGCUGAUUGCAGUGGGGCUAAAAAGGCAGGACAUGCUGGCAAUUUGAAUUACCCAUCGUUGUCUGCAGUUUUUGCACAAUAUGGGAAGCAUAAAAUGUCCACACACUUCAUUAGAACUGUGACCAAUGUUGGGGACCCCAAAUCAGUGUACAAGGUCACUAUUAAACCACCUCCUGGUAUGGUGGUCUCAGUAGAGCCAGAGACCUUAUCUUUCAGGAGGGUGGGUCAGAAGUUGAACUUUCUUGUUAGGGUGCAGACUAGGGAAGUGAAGCUUUCUCCUGGGAGUUCUAGUAUGAAGAGUGGUUCCAUUGUUUGGUCUGAUGGCAAGCACACUGUCACAAGUCCCUUAGUUGUGACAAUGCAGCAACCUCUGGAUUAGUAUUUGAGAAAAUUUUGGCCUUCUGUUCCAUCUUGGAACUCUUGUAAAAUUGGCUCUAUGUAUGUGUAAUAGAGAAUGUUGUUUCUAAAAGUGUUCCUUUUUGUUGGAACUGGUGGGAAUUUGAUUGUAAGAAACAGUUUGAAGGUAUGGCUAAAAGGGGUAACUUAUCCAAAAAAAGAAGUAUGGAUGUAUAUCUUUCCUGUUGUAAAAUUAAAGAUGUAUGUAGAAAAUGCUGUGUUUAUGAGAGGGGAAGUAUAUUACAAAGAUCCCUUUGCUUGUUUGAGUAA